AUAAGGAGUCUUUGUUAUAAGUGAAGAGAGACCGAGCUAAACGUCGUGAAUAGUAUACAUAGACCUAUACAGGGGGGGGGCUAUGGGGCUCACCCACCCCCCCUCCGGGAGGAGCGAAAUCUAUGGUUUCCAGGGGGUUUCAGGUCCGAGAAUUCCUGUAAAUGCCCCUGAUGGCAUACGUAUUUUUUUUGUCCUGGCACCUGGCGUGUACAAAUUGUACAGGCUGUACGUACACCGUACAAUGUAAUGGAUUGGUACACUGACCCCUUUGUUUCAAAUUUAAAGGCCCGUAAACACAUGUUUAUUAAUAGAAAUUGAAAUAAUGAAAAGGUAUAGCUCUGACACCCAUCUUCAUCAUAAUAGGCCAGAGCACCAUGGCCGCCGAAAAAGGACCGUCUCUACUACGGAGCAUAUUUUGGAGGAGGUUGAACGAUUUGGCCGCCGAACUAUUUCUACAUCAGAUCUUAGAAAAAGGUUAAUGAGUUCAGGACCCAGCGAAACAUCACAUUUACUAUCAGAGGACGAAUACACAGAGAUUUUAGAAGGAGAGGAGGAGGAGGAGGAGUUGUUAGGACACACUAUCUCGAACACGGAAACUAUUAUUCAUCUUCUGAAAGGAAACAUUGGAAUUGGCGUUUUAACAAUGCCUAUAGCAAUGAGCAAUGCAGGUCUAUUGGGAGGAGUUCUAGGAAUGGUUCUGGUUGCUCUGAUAACUAUUCACUGUAUGCACACUCUAGUUAUUUCCUCACAUAAAAUGGUGGAUAAAAAGGACGGAGUGCGAUUUCUAGACUAUGCUGAUACUGCUGAGGCUGCGUUCAAUGAUGCUGGGGGUUGGUGGGCUAAAUCCGCCAAAUUUUUCGGUCGUCUAAUAAACCUGUUCCUCUGUAUGUCUCAGAUAGGCAGCAACGCUGUUUAUAUUCUUUUCGUGGCACAGAAUAUUCUUCCGAUUGUUGAGACCUAUUUAAGUCCUGGGUGGAAUUAUCGAAUCUAUAUUGCAAUACUUCUAAUACCAGUUAUUCUGACUUGCUGUGUCAGGAAUUUGAAAUAUUUGUCUCCGCUAUCCGUUGUAGCAAAUAUACUGGAAUUUGUGGGUUUAGGUAUAAUAUUCUACUUUAUAUUUGCUACUCCAUUACCCAGCUCGGACACUAGACCUUGGUUCUCUAGUGCGGCAAAUUUCCCAAUUUUCUUCGGAACUGCAAUUUUUGCAUUCGAAGGAAUAAGUGUGGUUUUACCAAUAGAAAAUCAGAUGACGACAAAAAAGGCUAUGCUUGGAUUUAAUGGUGUACUCAAUACUUCGAUGGUUAUAAUUGCUUGUCUUUAUAUUAGCAUGGGAUUCUUUGGAUAUCUUAAGUACGGUGAUGAUGUAGAGAGUAGUAUAACCCUAAACCUUCCUGCAGACUCACCAUUAGCUCAGUCAGCUCUAGUCAUGUUCAGUUUGGCAAUAUUUUUCUCCUACGCUCUUCAGUUCUAUGUAGUGAUGGAUAUAAUAGGACCGAACCUAAUUAAACCCUAUGUACCGGAGAGAUUGUACAUGCCUGCUGAAUACACUACCAGGAUUCUACUCAAUGUAUUUACAUUGGGACUGGCUGCAACUGUACCUUGGCUUGAUCUGCUAGUGUCCCUGCUUGGUGCUGUGAAGAUGUCCACACUCUCACUGAUGGCACCAGCUCUCAUAGAGACAAGUGCUAACUGGAGUACAGAUACUAGAACUAAAUGUAUAUUUAGAUCUUUGAAGAACAGUUUUAUCUUCCUAGUGGGACUCCUGGGAUGUAUUAUCGGAACCUACAUCAGUCUUCUAGAAAUAGUUAAAAAAUUCCAGGAACCAGAGUAGUUUAAACUCUACCUUGCCUAACAAUUCAAAUAAUAAAAAUCGGAAAAAUCCGAAUUUCAAAAUUUCGGAAUGAAAUAACAAUAACUAGAUUUCAACAGGAUCAAAACUCCGGAAUUCCGGAUAAUCAAUCAAGUCCGAAAUCUGUUAAACUGUUGAACCCAGAUUAAAGAAUUCAUGAACACAUUGAAUCUAAAGAAAGACACACUUCCAAGAUGGAAUAAUAACAAGAAGUUGAAUUUUAGAAGAAAGAAUCUAAAAACUUGAAAAUUGAUUAGUUAAAAUAAGCUUUAAUGGUUCAGACAUAUUUCUUGACUGAAAGAAAGAAAAGUUUCUUGUAAAAUGUAAUCGCCAUAUUGGUUUUGCUAUUUCUUAUUAUAUAAGCAUUUUUCAAACAGCUUUCACUUUUAUGGAGAUUUUUUAAAAAAUAUUUCCCCUGAAUUAUGUGAACAAUAUUUCCCCUGAAUUAUGUGAACAAUAUUUCCCCUGAAUUAUGUGAACAAUAUUUCCCCUGAAUUAUGUGAACAAUAUUUCCCCUGAAUUAUGUGAACAAUAUUUCCCCUGAAUUAUGUGAACAAUAUUUCCCCUGAAUUAUGUGAACAAUAUUUCCCCUGAAUUAUGUGAACAAUAUUUCCCCUGAAUUAUGUGAACAAUAUUUCCCCUGAAUUAUGUGAACAAUAUUUCCCCUGAAUUAUGUGAACAAUAUUUCCCCUGAAUUAUGUGAACAAUAUUUCCCCUGAAUUAUGUGAACAAUAUUUCCCCUGAAUUAUGUGAACAAUAUUUCCCCUGAAUUAUGUGAACAAUAUUUCCCCUGAAUUAUGUGAACAAUAUUUCCCCUGAAUUAUGUGAACAAUAUUUCCCCUGAAUUAUGUGAACAAUAUUUCCCCUGAAUUAUGUGAACAAUAUUUCCCCUGAAUUAUGUGAACAACAUUUCCCCUGAAUUAUGUGAACAAUAUUUCCCCUGAAUUAUGUGAACAACAUUUCCCCUGAAUUAUGUGAACAAUAUUUCCCCUGAAUUAUGUGAACAACAUUUCCCCUGAAUUAUGUGAACAAUAUUUCCCCUGAAUUAUGUGAACAACAUUUCCCCUGAAUUAUGUGAACAAUAUUUCCCCUGAAUUAUGUGAACAACAUUUCCCCUGAAUUAUGUGAACAAUAUUUCCCCUGAAUUAUGUGAACAACAUUUCCCCUGAAUUAUGUGAACAAUAUUUCCCCUGAAUUAUGUGAACAAUAUUUCCCCUGAAUUACGUGAACAAUGCCACGUAUUUUUGUCAGUUAUAGCUUUAUUUUAGUUUUUAUUCAUAACGCUUUGUAAAUAUUUUAUUUUGAUGAUCCUUCGAAAAUGUUGUUGCUUUUAUUAGUUAGAUAUUUUUUUUACAUUUCUAAUAUUUUACAUAAUUUAUUAUUUGUACUUAUAUACGUGUCCUGACACUUGUGUGAAUAAUAGACAAUAUUUGACUAGUAUAAAAAUGUUUAAAGGGCCCAGUAACGUGCAGUUAAAGAAUUGAAAUUCGACAAUCAUACAAACGUGUUUUUUCCUUUAUAAUAUUGUUAAUAGGAUGCAGCUACUCCUAUAGACUUAAAUUUAAGGGAUUUACAACGUAAUUUUAAUUGACCCACCAUCUAUAGGAGCAUGUUCUAUUUAACAAGGUUCACUUUACACCUUUGUGUUGGCAAUAAUGAUCAAGAAAUCCUCGUUUUCUCUUCUCAAAAUGUGUUAUUACUAAAGCGACUUUCGGAUUUACACAGUGGAGACUCGGAAGAAAGCUGUGCGACCGACUUUGGAACUUUAGUAGAUGGAAAAGUCUACCGUUGUGAAUCGAUCAUGAAACUCGUUGAAUUGGGGUCAUUUUAAAAAAACGUCGCGAUAUUACUUUAAAUAUGAACAUAAUCCAGAUACAUGGAUCAAUUAGGAAUAAUAAAAUGAUUCAUAUUUUAAUACGUGUACUGUACAUUGUACAGACGUACAAAGUGAUUAUAACAUCUCUUUCAACUCUUAGAGGUUACUUAGAACGUUAAUGUUUCAUUUGAACUAAAGCUGGAUUUAUUUUGUAUUUAAAAUCGUGAAAAUAUAUGUACCAUGUACAUUGUACAAUAAAUGCAUAAUUUCA